GCGCGUGAGGGCGGACUCGGCCGUUGGAGCCGCUUCGUGUCGGAAGUCGAUCGCAGUUUGUCUUUCUUCAGGGUCGGUUGUGGCGCCCAUGAUGUCGGGCACCCGAGCGGCGUCCAACGCUGGAGGCGUCGGCCUGAAGCGGAUGCGGAGCGAGCCGGGCGGCAACCGGGUGACGGUGGUGCUGGGCUCGCAAUGGGGGGACGAGGGCAAGGGCAAAGUGGUGGAUCUCCUCGCCACAGAGGCCGACAUCGUCUGCAGGUGCCAGGGUGGAAAUAAUGCAGGCCACACUGUUGUUGUCGAUGGGAAAGAAUAUGAUUUUCACCUCUUUCCUAGUGGUAUAAUUAAUCCAAAGGCCAUUUCAUUUAUCGGAAAUGGGGUAGUUAUACAUCUGCCAGGCUUAUUUGAAGAAGCUGAAAAAAACGAGAAAAAAGGUUUAAAAGAUUGGGAGAAAAGACUCAUUAUAUCUGACAGAGCACAUAUUGUGUUUGAUUUUCACCAGGCAGUUGAUGGACUUCAAGAAGUGCAGCGGCAAGCACAAGAGGGGAAAAACAUUGGCACAACAAAGAAAGGAAUUGGACCAACCUAUUCUUCCAAAGCUGCACGAACAGGUCUUCGAGUUUGUGAUCUUCUUGCAGACUUUGAUGAAUUUUCUUCCAGAUUUAAGAAUCUGGCUCAUCAGUACAAGUCAAUGUUUCCUUCUUUAGAAAUUGAUAUAGAAGGACAACUGAAAAAACUGAAGGGUUAUGCUGAAAAAAUAAGACCAAUGGUCCGAGAUGGUGUUUAUUUUAUGUAUGAAGCUCUUCACGGGUCUCCGAAGAAAAUUCUUGUAGAGGGUGCCAAUGCAGCACUGCUUGACAUUGACUUUGGCACAUAUCCGUUUGUGACAUCAUCAAACUGUACUGUGGGAGGUGUAUGCACUGGACUCGGUAUUCCUCCUCAACAUGUUGGAGAGGUAUAUGGUGUAGUGAAGGCCUACACAACGAGAGUGGGAAUUGGAGCCUUUCCCACUGAACAGAUAAAUGAAAUUGGGGGCCUCUUACAGUCUCGAGGCCACGAGUGGGGAGUGACGACAGGCAGAAAAAGGCGCUGUGGCUGGUUAGACCUUGUCAUUUUGAGAUAUGCUCAUAUGAUCAACGGAUUCACUGCUCUGGCAUUAACAAAACUGGAUAUUCUGGAUGUCCUUGAUGAAAUCAAAAUUGGUAUUGCUUACAAGCUAGGUGGAAAAAGGAUUCCUUAUUUUCCAGCUAACCAGGAAAUACUGCAGAAAGUAGAGGUGGAGUACGAAACAAUGCCAGGAUGGAAGACAGACACAACUAAUGCAAGAAAAUGGGAGGAACUUCCACCCAAGGCCCAAAAUUACAUUCGGUUUGUGGAAAACCAUGUUGGAGUGGCAGUUAAAUGGGUUGGAGUUGGAAAAUCAAGGGAAUCGAUGAUUCAACUUUUUUAACCACAGAAAGAACUUUGGUGCCAAGAAACACAGUCGAGUGUCCAUCUGUUCCUUUCUUUUGCCCAGCUAAGAUGAAGAUUCUGUUGAAAUCAAAAUGUUCUUCCUAGAAUAUGAUUAGGCGUAUCUUGUUCUAUUGUUGUUUUCAAGUAUAAAAAUUAUCAAGAACACAGAAUAAGAACAAUCAGAGUGAGAUUUGGAGUAAGGGAAUCUUAAGUUCAUAUUUGAAAAGUGAAAAGUAUUUUUUCCAAACUUUUCUAAAAAUUUAAAAUGUAUGCCAGAUUGCAGAGACUCAUAAUGGCAUAUUCCUAUUCCUGUAUUGGGAAGCAAAAGAAGAGGUGACAUGACAUAUUUGUGUACCUUCAAGUCUUUUCCAGAUUAUUUAGACUCUAAAGCAACUCUAUCAUGGGGUUUUCUUAGCAAUAUUUGUUCAGAAAAGGUUUGCCAUUUGCCUUCCUCUGAGGUUGAGAAAGUGUGUGUUUCCCAGGGUCACCCACUGGUUUUUUAUGACUGAGUAGAGAUUUGAACUACAGGCUCCCAGAGUCCUAGUCCAACACAUCAACCUCUAGAACAUGUAUUUAAAUUUAAGACUGGCUGUGGGCAUUGCAUUUCUAUAAAAAUAUGGCUGUGGCUUUGAAGCCUGCACAUUUUAAAUAAAAGAUUUUCAGAUCCAAAAAUGGAAGAGGAACAAGUUGAAAUCAUUUGUUGGCAGCGGUCAAACUGCAGAUGGCUGUCUGAGUUGGGGAUAAACAGUUUCCCUUCUUUUGUUUCCCACUAGGCAGCUUAAGUGGCAUUUUUACUCCAUUAUACAAUAGGCAAUAGAUUAAAAGGAGAAAGACACAGCAGAUGCAGAAAAUGUUCCUAAAGGAAUGUAGAUGGUACAGCAUCUUGCAAUACAUUGCUGUAUAGAGUAGACCCUUUAUGUAGCUUCACUGCAUCCUUGGUUGCAAUCUUUAUAGAUCUUUAGAUUUUUAAUCUUCCAGAGAGACAUUUUUCUUUUGCAGUUGUUACUUUAUCACUGUUCCACUUAGCCUUUGAGUAGACUAUAAGAAGAAAUGCUAUGGUUGCUCCAUCAGCCUUCUAAGAAUAAAAAAUAUAGAGUUCUACUCCCUAUAAACUAAUGCAGUUAUCUGUCAUUUUAGAGUGCUGCUAUACUCUAGCAAGGCUUUAAAGCAGUGUUUCUCAUGUUGUCCAAUGUGAGGAUUAGCAGUUUAUUGUCAUAUGCCCAUAACAUAGUUAUGCCCAUAGUAGUUUCUUGAAAAGUGUAUACUGGCAGCCAGCUGUUGAAGCACUAUCACCAAACCACUUUGAAAAGUGUUGUUUUUAAAAUACAUUGCAUAAUACCCACAAACACAAUCCCAUCACUGAGAAGAUAACACCACAAGAUAAUAGUAAUUCUUGAGGUUGUUAUCUUUGUGAUGAAAAGAGUACAACAACAUAUAACUGUUGUUUCUAGCCUUAAUUUUCCUGUUUGAAAUGCCAACAAUGGAGCUAGGAGCAUGAGACUGUCAUGGAGCACUGAAACACAAAGUUGAAAUCAAAGGUGCAUGUGGGCAGUUUGCCACUACUUAUAUACUAAAGAUAGUAUCAAAGUAGAAGUAGGCAAACAUUCCAGGAAACAGAACUGUCAAAAGAGAAAAGUACCAUUGUUUUAGUACUGUCUGUCACCAAUGCAUCCUCCGCCAGUUGGUAAUAGGACCACAAUUACCAUUGGUUUUAGAGUAAUCUCUGGUCAUGCACCAUUCUGGACAUGAACUGGACUGGCACAUGAGUUAAGAAGUACAAACAAUGUGACAUUCUUCCUUGUACUCCUCAUGUACCUGCCAGGUACUGUAUUGUAGUGCCCAACUUAAUUCUUACAAUGCAGAACUUUAUGUAAGACCCUUCUUGUGCCAGGAAGAAAAUGAUUAAAGUCAUUGUGCAGUUCUUUUAUGCACUAUCUUGAAAAAAAAUGCUGAUUAUCAGGAAUGGUCUUUAGAAUUUUAUAGUGAUUUUCAGCAUUUGACUUUUGGCACAGAUGAAAUCUCCCUCCCCCCCCCCCCCCCACUUGAUCGAUACUGUAUAAUUAAGACUCUCAUCCCUUCCCCCCAUUUCCCAUGUAGAGUUAAAGUGAUCAGCAUAAUGCCAAUAAACUGUGCAUACUGCCAAUAUUUUCACACUGUAUGUGAACAAUGGCAGUCUUAUUUGUAACAAUUUAGUGUUUGGAAAACAGCAAUAAGCUUCACAGACACGCACCUCUUUGAGGAGUAUAUGAACUACUGUUUUCAUAGUGUCAUGGCAGCUUAUACACAAAACUUCACUGCCUAAAAUGCUGAGAAGCAAGUUUUGUAUACCUAAAAUUUCCAUGUAUAUGGAUAAAGGCAGGGGUGUUAAUUUUAUGCAAGGCAGGGUUUUUUUUUUGUACAGACAACAAAUAUUUCAGAUGUUUUAAAAUCAUAGAGUUAAAAGAUAAAAAGAGAUCACAGGGGCCAUCCAAUCCAACCCCUUGCUAUGCAGAAAUAUGCAAUCAAAGCACUCCUGAAAGCAUUUUGCUUUCAAAAGUAUGUAUUCCCUUAUGCUUCAUUGAGGACUAAAAAGUCCUGUAAGUUAAGCAGACACCCAUCUAUUCUUUUCUUUGACCAAUGCCUCAGAGUUGCCAACAGUAACAUGAAUCUAAUAGUGUCUCAGAUACACUGUACAACUAGAGUAGGCUAUAGACCAAACUUGCAAUAUUUGAAAUGUAUUCAAAGUGCCACAUAAUUCUAUAAGAGCUCUCAGGAAGGCAGCAAGGAGGUUUUUCGGACAAUCCUGUUGAGAUCACAGUCUUUUAUUACACUGGAGAUUUUUAAUGUUCUAUAGAUCACUUCUUACCACGACCACUGCCAAUAUAUUUGUGUUUCUGGUGGGCUCCAGUCCUGCUGGAAAUGACUUGGGAAUCCCUCUCUUUGGCCAUCUGUGCCUCAGCACAUUAGCACUUGAGCAAAAUUCACCAAUGUGGCCUUUAUCCUCAAUAUACUAAGAAUGCAUUCAGGACAUUAAGAAGUUCUGACUUCCAUUCUGUGCUUUGUAAACAAACCUAGCUUUAUUUGAAAUGUCAUGUAUGUCUUGUGAAAGGUGGAGGGGUUUUUUGUUGUGUUUUUGCCCAAAUACAUAUCCACCCCUGCCUCAUGGCCAUUUUAUUCAAAGCCCUUUUACAACUACUACUCAGUCAAUGUAAACUGCAUACAUUCUGUUCAAAGCAACGGCUGUUGAGCAUCUUAACCAGCAGUAUUGCAAUUUACUGGGAAAUGUUCCAGUUAUAGCACCAGUAAAAUGAAUAGGGUGAUGAUCAAGAAUACUUCCCACUCAUUUUGUUACAGAAAAUGAGGGCUUUCUGUUGGAGCAUAUCCAGUGACAUCAGGACUUUUAGCUGGCACUAAAUAACAGUUGAACAUUUCUGUAACCUAUUCUGUUAGAUGAUAUUUAUACAGUAUUUUUAUUGAAUUGUUGGCUUUAUUCUUAUAGAAAUCUCUAUUCUCACAAAGUAAAAGCACUGAGAUUCAUAAUUAGAGAAUUUAUAUUGCAACCCACUCAGUGAUACAGACUUGAAUAAGAUGUGUUUGAUGUGAACACUGCAUGUUGCUCUCUGGAAUGUUACUUGUUAAUUAAUGUAUUGAAUCUUCAGUUGGAAUUUGGUUAUAACCAUUUAGUAUCACUUUGCUCUACACACAGGUUAAAGGCAAUAUUGAUAAUCUGAAAUUCAAAUGACAGUUGAAUUAAUGUGGGGAACAGCAUGGCCAGAAACUGAACAAGUAAUAAAUCAUGAAAAGAGUUCAGUUUGAAAAGUCAUGUUUUGUGUCUAACAUUUACAUUGCUCUCACACUGAUACAGCUGGGAGUACACAGGUCACUAAAUCCACCAAAAGUGUGUUCUUGAUUAUUUUUGUAUACUGUAAAUGAAGCUGUAUCCUCUUAUUGUACAUUAGUUUUCUUUGCUUAAUAAAGCCUUACAAGACAGGGAGUAUAAAA